AUGGUAGAACCUAUUGGUCUGGCCUCUGGCGUCGUGGCGUUGACAACGUUUGCGUUCCAGUCCAGCAUUGCGCUCUACAAAACCAUCAAAAGUUACCAAUCAGUUCCAAAACGUGUUCGCGACCUGGUUGAAGAGUUAGAGACUCUCAAGGAGGUCCUUGGCGGCCUAGGAGAGACGAUUCGAAUUAGCUCCGCUGCCACGUUCGCUGGUCUUGAACAUCCACUUCUUAGGUGUGGAAAUGCCUGUCGUGACUUUGAAAAUGAGAUUCAAAAGCUAUCCUUUCGAUCCAGCGCUGGAAAAUCAAGCUUUCGAGAUUGGGCUAAAUUGAAGUACAUGGAUGAAGACCUAGAUGGUUUCAGGCGCAUGUUAGCUGGCUACAAAUCCACAAUUGUGGUCGCACUUACAGAUGCGAAUCUACGUCAAUCUUCCAUCGCAGUUGAUAGCAUCGAGAGCUACAAGGAAAUGAUUGAGACAACCACUGAUGAUCUUCAGGCUCAUUUAGAGAGUAUUGAUGAAAAGCUUGAACGAGUCAUAGCCAGAAGCACCGAUGCCUCAACUCCAGACGCUGAUAACAUUAAGCUAAUGGAGGAGGAGCGCAUAAGCACCCGCAAAUGCCUAGAAAUAUGUGCUCAAUUAUCCCGUCACAUUGAGCAGAUUCAAGAAUUUCAAGUAUCUUGUGACGACCCCAGUGCCUCCGUGAGCUCAAAUAAUCUGCCCGAAAAACUCAUGAACGAUGGCUUGCAGGAAUGCAGAGAGAGCCUCUUCAAUGCUGCCACCAAGCUAGAGAUUCAUCUCAAGACUUUGAUGGAUCGAAUUGUGGCAAAGUCAAAGUCCAGCAUAACCUCUCAAGAGGACGUUGCAGAUCUGAUCAGAUUACAAGAAGAAUGGGAGACAACUCGUCAAUCUAUGCAUAUAUGCUCUAAGGCUGGAACCCGCCUGGGUGCAAAUGUGAGUAGUGUCGAUAACUACGCUACUGGGGACGCUGUUCAGUUUCUGGUCUCUACAAGUGAGAAAACCAUACAUGGCAGAAAUCGUGGUUUAGGAUGGAGAACGAGGCAGGUUGGUGGUCACUUGAGUGAUGCUUCCGUUCAACAGUUGUCAAAGGAUAUGGUACAAAUGAAUGUCACAGACCUCGAUUACAGGACUUCCCCUUCAGACGGCAAUAACACCCCUGUACAGGAUGAGGAGAUUGAAAGUCAAUCUUUGUCGGGAUUCAAAGAGCGUUAUGGUGAAGGAUUUAAGCUGAAAGCUGCACAUUCUGCGUCCCGCUUCUCUCCCACGACUCCUCUUAAGUGA